AUGGAAGUGUCAGCUGGCAGUGCUUCAAACAAAAUUCACCUCGAGCGGCGAAUUUCUCUCUUUAAUGGUUGUGCUAUCAUUAUUGGUGUUAUCGUUGGUUCUGGGAUAUUUGUCAGCCCUAAAGGUGUUCUGAUUGAGUCGGGAAGCGUUGGUUUAUCACUGCUGAUAUGGAUUUUAUCAGGAAUGUUUGCUACUACAGGUGCUUUUAUUUAUGCUGAACUUGGAACAACUAUUCCUAAAAGUGGUGGUGAAUAUGCCUAUAUUAAUGAGGCGUUUGGAUCUUUACCUUCAUUUCUAUUUCUUUGGGUGGCAUUAAUUAUGAUUAAUCCGACAUCAAAUGCUAUUAUGGCACUAACGUUUGCUCAAUACACGCUUCAACCAUUUUUCAAAAAUUGCGAACUGUCUGAUGACGCUGUGAGAUUAUUAGCUGCUUGCAUCAUUUGUUUAUUGACAUUUGUCAACUGUUAUAGUGUAAAAUGGUCAAUGAGAAUACAGAAUAUUUUUUCCUUAGCUAAAGUGGCUUCUCUGUGCGUCAUUGUUGCGGCUGGUUUAUUAUGGUUGUGUUUGGGCAACACAGAGCAUUUGGAACCAUCCUUAUUAUUUGAAGGAACACAAACAAAUCCAAGUCAUAUAGCAUUAGCCUUUUAUUCGGGUGUAUUCUCAUUUAGUGGAUGGAAUUCGUUGAAUUUCGUGACCGAAGAGCUUGUUAAUCCACAUAAGAAUUUGCCCCGAGCAAUCAUGAUUUCAUUAUUCACUGUAACAACAAUAUAUAUGUUGGUUAAUAUCUCAUAUUUUGCUGUGUUGUCUGUGCCGGAAAUUCUCGACUCACAGGCAGUUGCAAUGACUUUUGCAGAAGUAGCCAUGGAUCGAUUUGCAUCAAUAAUGCCUAUAUUUGUUGCCAUUUCAUGUGCUGGUAGUCUAAAUAGUACCAUUUUCUCAGCAAGUCGAAUGUUCUUCGUUGGCGCUAGAGAUGGGAAGCUGCCAGAAUUACUUUCGAUGAUUUCCGUAAAUUAUUUGACACCACUACCAUCACUUCUUAUUCUUGGCAUCUUGUCGCUCAUGAUGCUGAUUACUUCAGACAUUUAUUUACUCAUUAAUUAUCUGACAUUUACUGAAGCAUUCGUCAUCGCACUCUCCGCUGCUAGUCUAAUAAAAUUGCGAUUCACUCAACCUAACCUCCCUCGACCAAUCAAGCUAAACAUUUUAUUACCAGCUACAUUCCUGAUUGUAUGCAUUGCACUACUGAUGUUGCCGUUUUUCACACAGCCAAACGAACUCAUCAUUGGUGUUUUAAUCAUUCUCACCGGUGUUCCAUUUUAUUUUGUUUUCUUGUUUUGGAAAAAUAAACCAGCUUGUUUAUAUAAUCCCUGGAUUUCAAUAACACAUGCAAUCCAGAAAUUGCUUUACUGUGUUCCAGACGAGAGACACACUGACUAA